GUUCAGUAGCCUAAAGUAAGGCUAUAGGUAGGCAAGUGAUUUUUAAAGUUACAGUUUGUGGUAAACUGGCUUGAAAAAUAAAAACUACUAAAUGUUUAAAUGAUUUGUUUAUAUCAGCUACUAAAAGCGUGAAUAACACCUUUAUUUUUGAGUUUGAACUCGUUUAUCGUUGUUUAUCGCCAGGUUUAUAGGCUAUAACACGUCAAAAUGGCGAAUCGAAAAGAUGAUAUUAUAAAGUUUUGCUGUGAAAUCUCCGCCGAUAAGAAGAUACAAGCCGCAUUUAAAGGCUCGGCUAAAGGAGCAGCAGUUGCCGGUGGAGGUGCUUUUGUCGGAGGACUGAUUGGAGGUCCAGCUGGCAUUGCAGUCGGUGCUGCUGUGGGAGGUGCGCUGGGAGCAUGGAUGACCAGUGGUCAGUUUAGACCCCUUCCUCAAAUCCUCAUGGAACUGACUCCUACACAGCAGGACAAACUGUACUCUGAUGUCAUGGCCAUAGUGGGUUCACUCAAAUGGACUGACGUUCCUCAGCUGAUGGCUCAAGUUCAUGGGAAUUCUACUCUACAAGAGCAAGUGCUGGGUGCUAUACUCAAUUACACUAAAAACCAGCUCAAAGCCGAGGUCAGGUUUGAAGAUUGACCACUAGAGAGUUAAUGUUACAGGUUUGGUCAGCUUUCUAAGACACAUGUAGGAUAGUUAUUCAUUUGGCAACUUAAAGGGAUGAUAAAAGAAACACUUCAAAGAACUAGCAGUAAAGUAAUUGUAAACAACUAUUGAUUUAAAAAUGCUCUAUUUAGCUAGAUCAUCAUGCAUCUGUUGCAUGUGUUUAUUGGUCAUUUUAAGAGGAUCUGACAUGACAUCCAAAUAUAAGUGAGCAAUUUUAAAAUGUAUUUUUUUAUUCUUGUUAUAGAGUUUAUUUUUGCUGUGUUGAGUGCAUGUGUCUAAGAGUGCAUGUCUGAGACUUCAUGUCUGAGAAUGCAUGUUCAAGUCUGCUCCCAGACACUGGACGUCAGCAUCAGUUCUCCAGUCUUCUAUGCCACGUGAUACUUCAGAACUCAUUUAAUAUGCAGAUUUGCUGCUGAACAAUGAAUAGAUAAAGAUUUUCAUUUUGUUUUCCCCAAGAUUCAAUAAUGAAAAGAAAGAUUAAACUGAACACUCUUUGAAACAGAAAUGUGUACUCUCACUUCUAAUCAGGGUAAUGCAUCCUCACUGAAUAAAAACAAAUGUUUAAAAUCAUCUCACUGACAGCAUCAGCUUGUAAAUGUGAAUUUUCUUUGAUGGCAUGGCUGUUCUAAAAUGUUUUUUUUCUUUUCUUAUUGUACUUUGACACCUCAGUGGGGAAAGGUGACCAUUCAAAGCAGCGAUCAAAAAUAAAACUCGCUAUAUGAUUACAGGA